GUAUAAAAGCAAUACAAACAUUGUGGGUCGAGAAAACCUCUAAUUAGUCAAGCUUUUGACAGAUCCUUUAGAAGAUCCUCUAAUUCUAAUAGUGUACCAUAUAAUUUCAACAACCUCCUAAUUACUUCUUCAUCUUCUUUUCAUCUUACCGACACCUACAAAUUUUCUUCUCCCAUUCUCUCCAACUCCGCUUUUAAUUUCUUUCUUCACUGUUCAAUUAAGUUGAUCUCUCUGUUUCAGAUUUCCAUGGCUAAUAAUCACAGUCCAGGUGAUUAUAAAGAUGAGGUGUCGAAUGGCAAAAAUGGGUCUCAUGAUAAGAGGUGUAAAGUUGUAUGCUUUGGAGAAAUGUUGAUUGAUUUUGUGCCAACAGUUGGUGGAGUUUCACUGGCUGAAGCUCCUGCUUUCAAGAAGGCUCCUGGUGGUGCUCCUGCUAAUGUGGCUGUUUGUGUUUCAAGAUUAGGUGGCUCAUCAGCUUUUAUUGGCAAGACAACGUUCUGUUGUCUGUCCUUUGUAUUGCAGGUAGGGGAUGAUGAUUUUGGUUAUAUGUUGGCUAACAUAUUAAAAGAAAACAAGGUUGAUAAUUCUGGUGUAUGCUUUGAACCCAGAGCAAGGACUGCAUUGGCAUUUGUUACUCUUAGAGCUGACGGUGAACGUGAAUUCUUAUUUUUCCGUCAUCCAAGUGCAGACAUGCUUCUUAAAGAGUCAGAAUUAAAUAUAAGUCUGCUAAAGCAGGCGAAGAUUUUUCAUUAUGGUUCUAUUAGUUUGAUUGCCGAACCAUGCAAGUCAGCUCAUCUUGCUGCAAUGAAGAUUGCCAAAAAAUCUGGCAGCAUUCUUUCCUAUGAUCCGAAUUUAAGGUUGGCAUUAUGGCCAUCGCCAGAGGCUGCAAAGGAAGGCGUGAUGAGUAUAUGGGAUCAAGCUGAUGUUAUAAAGAUGAGUGAAGACGAAAUCUCAUUCUUGUCUGGAGGUGACGAUCCUAAUGAUGAUAAUGCCGUCUUAAAGAAAUUUUUUCAUCCUAAUCUAAAACUUUUGGUUGUAACUGAAGGCUCAAAGGGCUGCAGAUAUUUUACAAAGGAAUUCAGAGGCAGAGUAGCAGGUGUUAAGGUAAAACCUGUUGACACAACUGGUGCAGGUGAUGCCUUUGUUGGUGGGAUUCUCAACAACCUAGCCUCUGAUCUAAGUCUAUUAAAGGACGAGCAACGGUUAAGAGAAGCUCUUCGUUUCGCAAAUGCUUGCGGUGCAGCCACAGUAACUGAGAGAGGAGCAAUCCCUGCAUUACCCACCAAAGAUGCAGUCCUUAAACUCUUAGACAAACUCUCUACUUAAUGAAAACAUCCGGGUUUACAUCGGCUUUAUAAUUUUAACCUGCUGUAGUAGGUUGCAGUCUUCACAGUUAACAUCCGCUAUUUUGUUUUAUUUUUAUUUGUAUCUUUCGUGUAGCUUCAUUUUCCGUAGCUGAUUUCAAAUGUUGUAGAUUAGAUUAGAUUGAUCAAUAAAUUGACUUCAAAUUUA